AUGCCUCCCACAUACCCCGAGGUCCUGAAAGUCCGGUACUCCUCCGACGACUCAUCGCUCCAAUUCCCCAUCCACAACCCGGCGACAGGUGAAGUAAUCACACGUCUCCAAGCAGGGACACCCGCUCAAGUCGACGCCGCCGUCCGCGCCGCCCAGAGGGCAUACGACAGCGACUGGCGAUGGCGCUCCCCGGCGGAAAGAAGUGCCCUCCUCUUAAAGUGUGCGGACGCUCUGGAGCCUCACAGGGACGAGCUGGCCGAGUUGCUUUGCUUGGAGAACGGCAAGCCGAAGCAGGAUGCUCUAUCCUUCGACAUCAAUUUCCUAAUGAGCAUCUUUCGGUUCUUUGGCAGUAUCUGUGAUAAACUACCCGGCGAGUUCCACCAGCGAGGAAGUGUUAGUGCGACAGUCAUCUACGAGCCAUUCGGCGUGUGCGCUGGUAUCCUGCCAUUCAACUGGCCACCAAUUCAUUUUGGUGGUAAGACGGCCCCAGCCCUUGCGGCGGGUAACGUCAUGAUCGUUAAGCCUGGAGAGCAGGCCCCUUUGACAGUGAUCAGGAUGUGCGAAAUUAUCUCGCAAGUGCUGCCACCUGACGUGGUUCAGGUUGUGCCUGGCCUGGGGCCUGAAGUGCCCUCCGCAUUGAUCAAGCACGAUCUUGUAAAGAUGGUGUCCUUUACAGGCUCGACCGUUGCUGGCUCAAAGGCGGCCGAGGCAGCCGCGAAGACCGUGACGCCUGUGGUUCUUGAAUUGGGGGGCAAGAAUGCGUUCGUCGUGUUUGACGACGUUGAGAACCUUGAUCGCGCAGUCGGGUACGCACUGGAGGGAGCAUUCUUCAACAAAGGCGAGGCGUGCACCGCGUCGUCAAGGAUCCUCGUCCAGAAAGGCGUGUACGAGAAAUUCUGCGACAAACUUGCUGCCGGGGUGAAGAAGCUCAAGUCGGGAAAUGGCAUGAAUCCGACCACCCACCUAGGCCCACAAGUCAGCAAGGCACAGCAGGAGAGGGUAUUGGGCUACUUGCAGAAAGCGAAGGAUCUAGAGAAAGAAGGAAAAGUCAAGAUUGCGGCCCAGGGCCAGCUGCCAGAUGACCCGGCGUGCAAGAAUGGCUUCUUCGUGCAGCCCACUCUCAUCGCCGACGUGACCAGAGACAUGGUCAUCGCACAGGAGGAAAUGUUCGGCGUGCUCGUGACGGUCACACCAUUCGAGACGGAAGAGGAAGCCAUUGAGAUCGUCAACGAGUCCAGGUACGGCCUGACCAGUGUCAUCUUCAGCCAGAACAACGAGAGAUGUUGGCGCUUCUCGAAAAAGGUGGAUGUCGGGCUGGUGUACGUCAACAACUACUUCCGGAACAUUCUUGGGAUACCAUUCGGAGGUGCUAAAGAGACAGGAUAUGGGCGCGAACACUGCAUUGACACGCUGAAGGAGUGGUGUCGCGCCAAAGUCAUUACCCAACCGAGCGGCUUUGGUGAAAUCCCAAAUUGGAGGGCAGUUAGGGAAGUAUUGCACGGGGUGUGA